ACCAAGAGUAAGAGGAAAGGCAACCUUGUCACCGUGGUGAGGCACUGAAGGCUGCUUGGAGGAGACAUCUUCAGACAGCAGGGCUUAAAGAAGAAAUGUAGCUUCCUCUCUGCUGGAACAGCGUGUUUCUGACAUCUGCUCACUGAAGAAACACUGGUGAAGGCAUGGUCCACCCCAGCACACAUACAAAUAUGAAGCUUUUCUGGAUAAUCCCAUUUUUCCUGCUGCAAGCCAGUGCAGAGCAGGACAUGGAUGUCCCCACAGGCCUUGCCAGCACAGACAUGUAUGACCAUGGAGCAGAUGUGACCCUUGCGCUGGGUAUAGGUCAAGAGGAGCUGGAGGAGCUGCUCUGGUUCUUCCGCACAGAAGACUCAUCAACAUGGAAUUACUCCGUCCUUGCGCUUUCCUUUGUGGCCAUGAUUUUGGGUCUUGUCCUUCUGGCCCUUAAUGUUACACGGAACAGGAAAAGGAAGAGCCACAUGUGCAGCACAGCAGGGCAGACAGCUCAGCAGGCAGAGCUGGACGUCAAGCAAGCCCUGGUCCCUGUGGGGGAAUGCAGCCCCACUGAGCUGCAGAAGGAGGAUCCAGUGCCCCAGGAACAGAGAUCAGGAGAAGUCGUGGUGCAGUGGAAGGAUGGGACCGUCACGUCUCUGUACACAGAGAAGUCUGAGGACGCCCUGUAACAGCAGCUGAAGUCCAACCAUUCAGGCCCUAAGGAAUGUAUCAGAAUGUCUUGAUUCAUAGUGAUGGAAGUUUAAAACCACAGUUUAGCCUGCAGAAACAAAAGAGAAUAAAAAGCAGCAGCAGAGCUGCAU